CUCGGGCUGAACAGGCUGGCAGGCAGCCUGCGAUGGGGUCCUGCUCGGCAGACCCCCACCUCUGCUGGGCCUCUUGGCUCCUGGGAUUCACCAGCCUCCUCCUCAGUGUCUGUAGCACUGAGGUCACGACUUCUGGAGCACACGGUUCUGGAAUUCAGGAUUCUGGAGUCCAUGUUCAUCUGAAGGGGAUUCGAGGAGGUUCUGUGUUGUUUCAUGUGAUCAAGGAGCCAGGAACUGAGCUGAAGGAGAUCUCAUGGGGCUUUGGCCCUGACUUAAAAUACAGAGUCAUGCUGCGAGUCCAUAAUGGGUCAGAAGGGACUCCAACCUGGGUCAGCCUCCAGGACAAGUACAAGCAGAGGGUCCAUGUGGCCACCAUGACAACCCUGAGGAUCGAGAACUUGACCCAUGAGGACAGUGGGCCCUACCGGGCUCGAGUCAGCUUCACUGGAGGAGUGGAAUCUAGCCAGAUUUUCCACCUCAUUGUCUAUGAGCCAGUGCCCCAUCCUCAGAUCCUGGUCCGGUCACUGUCCAUCACAGCCGGCUGGUGCAACGUCACCCUGGAUUGCAGGGCUGCGGAUGUCACAGGUGACCUAAACGUGACUUGGGAGAGCAAGGGCCUCCCUAGGGAGCUGAAAGAAAGAGGGAUGCUGGGACCAACCACCAACUCCUGGACCCUGAUUGUGAGCCUGCCUCUGAGCCAGCCCAAUGCCAGCCUCACCUGUGAGGUCAGCAACCCCAAGGACCAGAAAAAUGUCACCUCAGACCUUCAGGAGGUCUGUGCCCAUGGUGCAGAAUUGCAGGAGGAACACAGGAACCAGGAUGGUGACAUCCAGAGUGGGGAGUUGAGACAGCAGGAGUCUCGAGAGGGCUGGGACAAGGGUAUGGUUGAACUACAUCUAGAAGAAAAGGAGCCUCUCACUACUGUCUACAGUGCAGUCCAGAGACCAGGCCUGGCCAUGAAGAUGAUUUAAUUGCAGAAAGCAGGAGAAUCAGCAUUCCUAGGACAGCUCCACACUGAGCUUGAUGCCUGCAGACACCCGCCUCUUCCAGCUCUGGUCCAGCUCCAGCUGCCCCCGGUCUGUGUUACUCUGACCCUCGUGUCCUCAAUUCUCUGGGCACAUGUGGCCCUGUCACUUCCUCUGACACCUCCCCAAGCUGCCCUCCCACUCAUGACCCUCACCUCUGCAGGUCUAGUGCUCUUCCUCUGUCAUUGACUUGGCUUUUGACCCCUCUCCUUCUGAAGCCUCCCAAAGUGGACUCUCCUGACUGUACUCCUGUUAAUCCCCACAGCCUUUUCUGUGUGUCAUUCUGAGAACAUGAGGCCAAUCGUGGGAACUGUGUAGAGGUGUUGACCAUGCCACAAAGGAGGGAAUGAGGCACUUGGUGCUGGAUGCUGAGUUGGGGGUCAAUGGAGGCAGCACAGGUUGGUGGGAGCCCACAAAGGGACUGGCCCAAGGCUUCCUUUGCACCUCGUGUACGGUUCCCUCGGGGGUCUGGGGAACUCUGUGUGUGCUGUGUGCGUUUUUUGGGAGGAGUUUCUAGUCUACAUUAAACACUAUCUAGAGCCACGGUUCUUAGCCACUUGUGCUAACCUGGACCUUGGCCUCAGCAUCAGCCCAUGGGUCCCAAAUCCACCUUCCUAUGGAGUGGGAAGAGGAAUUUUUACUAUUUCAAGCCCCUUCAAGUCUUCUAUUUCUCAGAGAAUGACCCCAG